CUCAUUGAUUGUUUUGGUAUAUGCCAGAAUUUGAUCAAUUUGAAUUUAUUGCCAAUCUAUAUUUUGAAUCCAUAUUAUAAACAGAUAGAAAUGACUUUAGUUCAACUCCCGUCGAAAUUAACCGAAGAAGAACAGGCUUUACAAAGGAAAUAUCAAAAACUUAAACGAAAGAAAAAACUGUUGCAACAAUUAAAAACACCAAAACAAGAACAGCCUGCAAUACAGCCAGUAAAACGAACACCUGACAGUGGAACAGAUGCCAAAGAAGUUGCCAAAAAACUAUUGAAAUCGGGUAAAAUUCAGGCAAUCAAAGCACCUGAUAAUAAAGAUCGACAAGAUUCGGGAUUCAAACGAUCAAAAGCUCAUGAACGAAAACGUUGUACAGGAACGGAUAAACCUGGUGGAUAUUUACCAUUCCAUAAUCAUCAUUCAGAUGAUGAUCCAAAUGGACCAAAAGAUGAACCAGAAAGUAAACGUUUGAAACCACUUUAUGAAAGUUUUGUCAUGUCAAGAGAUCCACAUUCGGUAGCACGUGAAGAAGCUUUCAGAGAGAAGAAAAGAGAUGGAAAAGUAAAUUAUGUGAAUCGAGAUAAUCCACAACAGGGCAAUACAAUUUAUGUUCAUGGUGAAAACAUUAGUGAAGAUAUUCUUCGACUAGCAUUUUCUACUUUUGGUCCAGUGUUAAACAUUACAGCCGAACCGAAUAAAAAUUGUGGAUUUGUUACAUAUGAUUCAAUCGAUAUAGCAAAUAUGGCCAUCACCGAAAUGAAUGGUAAAACAAUAAAUGGAAUUCAUUUAAAAGUUAGCCUAGCGCGUCGUCAACCAGUUUAUAAUCCGGAAAAAUCAAAAUCCAAUACUGAUCUGAAUGAAACACUUUCAGCACCUGAAGCUUGGUCAGCGAUUGCUUCAAAUUUUUCCGAUAGUGUUGAUAAUCCAAAGGAAAGAACGAUUGUUAGUUAUGAUGAUGAUAUGUAUGAAACUGUUUAAAUUG